CCAUGUAUAAAUAAAGGGUAAAGGCAGAGAGAGCGCGUUAGGAAGACAAUGUAGAGUGGAGACAAAAUCAGUCACAGAACUGUCUGCGUGUUUUUUACAUCACAGAAAGAGGCAGCAUCACAUUAAGAGCAAAAUGGACGAUGAAUAAAAAUAAAGAAAACAACCGUUUAUUUUUGUUAUUGUUUUCAUCCUUUUCCAUCCUCCUGUUCCCCUGCGAUGAACCAUCCGUAUCUGCCCGGGAUCCCUUGAUGGUGCAUUAACUUGGUGGUUUCGCCGUGUUUCAGAGGGAUGCUGGUUGAAUUCUCUCGGCUUCGCCUGGACCACAUUGCGUAAUCGGCGGAGAGAUGUCCUUUUGGCGCAUUGAGAGGACGCGUGCUUGGGGGAAGGAGUUCUGCGCACCAUGCGUGCUGUAACCUCAGGAGCAAUAAAGAUGACGGUGUCCAACGUGCCGGACAGCGGAGCCGGAGGACAGCACAUGCUGGUGGCGUUUGGAUGGCUUCUUUUAGUCGCGACGCGCAGCGGAGCAGUUUCCAGAUGUGUAGACCAAGCCUGCAGCCCACCCAUUGGGAAUCUGGCUAGUGGCAGGGCGCUUCUAACCCGCCCAAACUGCUGUAUUAACCACAAUUUCCACCAAAGUUUGUGCCCCCGUGCUUCAUGCCAAGAGGACGCUCACCCUCCUUCUCACAUGACCGAUGACCCAUUCUUGCAUCCGGACACCUGGUGGGCGUCAGGAGGAGGCAACGCGGAGCAGGGGGAAAUCCGGUUGGACCUGGAGACGAAGUUCUGUCUGUCUCAUGUAGUUUUGGUGUUCAGGUCCCCCAGGCCCGCUGCCAUGGUCAUUGAGCGUUCUGCUGAUUUUGGAAAAACCUGGGAGGCUCUCAGGCUAUUCGCUCAUAACUGCAGGGUGGAAUUUGACCUGGACGAUGAUUCAAAUCGGCCGGGCUCACUGUGCACAUCCCGUUAUUCUAGCCUUCAACCCUGCAGUGGAGGGGAGGUAAUCGUACGUUCUCUGGACCCAAGCAGCGCUAAAACCUUUGACCCCUACAGUCCGGAGGCCCUUGUCCGCCUGACCGUCACAAAUCUGCGCAUCAGACUGCUGAAAGCUCAGGCUUGUCCCGUGUCUCUGAAGUCCUCUGUGGAGUGGACAAACCCCACAGCCACAUCAGAAAACCCACCCCCAGCACCGUACGCUAUUUAUACGUUACUGGCCAGAGGGACGUGCCUCUGUCACGGGCACGCCGAGCAUUGCUCACCGUAUAAAGGCGGCAGAGACGACAGACAGCACAGUGACAUGGUGUUUGGAAAGUGUCUGUGCGUUCACCACACCGAGGGCGAUCACUGUGAGAGGUGUGCCCCGCUCUAUAAUGACCGACCCUGGAGGCCCGCCAACGGCAGCAGUGGCGAGCCAAACCCAUGUCAGAAGUGUGAGUGCCAUGGCCAUGCAGAAAGCUGUCACUUCUCUCUGCGGGCAUGGAUCUCCUCGGGUGGCGUCAGCGGAGGCGUCUGUGACGACUGUCGACAUAACACCGAGGGCCGCAGGUGUCAGCGCUGCCGUCCCGGCUACCACCGACGCCCGUCCGUGCCCCUCAGGUCUCCUCAUGCCUGCACACGCUGUUGGUGUGAUCCUCGGGGGUCGCUGCCUGCUCCACCUGGAGCCGUCGGACCCCGGUGCGACCCUAAGAGCGGCCGGUGCCACUGUAAGUCUGGUGUAGGGGGCAUGAGCUGCGGUCACUGCCUGCCAGGCUACUGGGGCUUUGGAGAAGACGGCUGCAGACCCUGUGUCUGUCCGCACAGCUGCGAUCCGACUACCGGGCACUGUCUGAUCAGCUACCCAAAUAAUCAUGUGCUGAAUGUCCCUAUUGGUGGAAAAAUCCCAGAUGUGGACCACAUCUUCACAGCUGGCGGGGAAGUAUCAUGGUCGAAGGAGCUUCCCGUCUCUGCUCUACACUACACAGGGAAAUGCAGGUGUAAGGAGAAAAGUCUGAGAAGUGUCUCUGACCUCUGCAAGACCAAACAUGACUACGUGAUCAAGGCGAGUGUGCUGUCGGCUCACGACAAAGGCAGUCACGCGGAGGUGCGGGUCAAAGUCCGCGAGGUCCUUCGAUCCGGUGAGGCGCCGCAGCGCUUGGGGACGGUCAGCGUGUACCCUCUGUCGUGGACCAGCCGCGGCUGCACCUGCCCGGUCCUAAACCCAGGCGUGAAAUACUUGCUUGCUGGCCCAGAGGAGCCGGGAACGGGUCGUUUGUUGGUCACCAUGCAGAGUGUGGCGGUUCCAUGGACGCCUCGACUAGCUCUGUUUUUAUUAGAGGGCUUGAGGAACGGAUGUCUAUGAUCCCAACAGGCGGAACAAAAUUCAGAGGACCUAACCUGAUAUAUAGGUGGACUAUUCCCCAAAAGGAGCUUUAGAAAUUCUGAAAGUGACUGUUGUGAGGUUAGAAACGACCAAAGACCCAAACCAAUGGCCAGGUGAGUUCACAACAUCGAAGGCAUGAUAGUGCCUUGGGAGAAUAUUCCUAUGAAUGAUUUUAUGGAUCUUAUGUGUUGGACUGACAAGUAAUGUAUUAUUGUAAAGUGGGAGGAAAUGAUCGUUGUCAAGAUUAUUUUGCAGAAACAUCAGACGGGCAUCAUGUGUAUGCAGUCAGCCUCUUUCUGCCAACACUUUGUAAAACCAGCCUUCUCUACAGCUGCAUGCCGUUUCAUUAUGUCGCCAGCUUAGCACAUAUAGCCUGAAACACCGAUUUGCAAGUUCACCUUCUCAAUUACAUUUAAGUAUGAUGGGGAAUUCAAGCACACAACUGUACUUUGAUCUUAGCUAAUCCGUUGCAUAUCCGGGUUAAUGUUCAGGGUUGUUGUCCUGUAAACUGUUGGUAUGGUUUCUAGUGUUUGGUAGGCUCUAACAGAGUUUCUUUCAGGACCGGCCCGUAUUCAACUUCAUUCACCUUCAUGUGGACUCUGACCCGCUUCCCUUCCUCUGCUGAAGAAAAGCAUUCCCACAGCAUGAUGCUGCCUCUGUCGUGUCUUCCCAUUUGGACGGUGUGUUCAGUGUGAUGUGGAGUGUUGCCACACGUUUUUACGUAGGCAUGAAAAUUCAGUGUUCGGUCUUACCAAAGCACGCAGAUUUGCUGUGUCCCCGACGUGCAAACGGGACUUCUCAGGUUUUUGUUUAAGGGUUGCUUUUGCCCUGCCACUCUUUUGUAAAGGGUAGAUGGAGUACUCAAAGGUUCUCCCACCUGAGCUGUGGACCUCUGCAGCGCCGACACAACGGACGAACAGUUUCAGAAAUUAUGGUGAAUGUUUGCUCCUCAUGCCAUUUUUUUUUUAUUCAUGUUUUCUAAAAAACCUCCUUCACAGGACUGGAUUUAUAUUACAUUACACACAAGUGGAUUCUCUUUAUUAAUUGGGUGACUUCUGAAGGCAACUGGUUUUGCUGGACCUUAUUUAGAGGUAUCAGGGGAAAGGGGUCAAUUCAAAUGCAUCCACCACCAUUUUUUUUAAACUUGCAAAGCAUUUCUUUUUGUUCUGUUUUAUAAUUAUGCACUACAUUGUAUUAAUUAUGGAGAAUCUCAAUACUGUUGGGAGAACCCAGAUUUACUUCUGAGACAAUACAUUGUGAUUUGUAAUAGGACAAAAUGGGAAAAAGUAUGAACAUAGAUGCAUGUAUGAGGUCUGAUUGAUGGUUUUGUGCCUAGUUUUUUCCACAAUGUGCCCCCCCCCCCAGAAACAUGAGAUGAAGGGUAUGAAUCAUGUACAAUUAUGUAAACUUAAAAAGUUUUUGAAUUUUAUCUAUGGGUCUCUGGCCUGUCAGGUCUAGAUGACAUUCGGCCCAGACAUCUCAUUCAUUUGUCGUCUUUCUCUUCUCAACUAAUAAAAAAAAAAAAAAAAA